GAAUCCUCCGUCCAUUCAUUUCUUCAUGCCUUCCUUCUUCAUUCAUUCUGCCCUGUUCCGCUCGCCGAAGCUACGUUAUCCUAGGGUUUAGUCCCAAAUGAGUCAGCAUACAGCCCCGCUCUGCGGGGGCUGCCUGUCUGGCGAGGACACCCGCACAAACACGGUUGCAGAGAGCGAGGAGCGCUGGGUUUCUGCAGGUCUUGUCCCUCCUCAGAGAGUCUGUGGAAGAGGCAGAGGCUAUAGACCUGGGUGUGAAUUCCACCAGAAGUUUGCUCUCAGUCACCAAACAGUUUUGGAGUAACAGGUGCGUAGAACAAAGUUCCCUGGACCCGAUUGCUGGAGGUGAAAAAUUAAGAACCAAAUAAUAACAUAUGCUAGUGCUACAAUAGUCAAGGGGACAGAUGGCAGAAAUGUCCAUAUCUGACUACUUGGCUUCAAAUACCAGCUAAGUCUGUGGUAAUUGCCUGGCUUUUCUGUGUUAUCUCUUAUAUCUCGUGUGUUUUUGUAGCACAUGUGUGGAGGUCAGAGAACAACUUACUGGAAUUGGUUCUGUCUUUCCAUCAUGUGGGUCCUGAGGAUACAACUCAGCCUCGACAGAAAACGCCUUUACCUACUGGGGCAUCUUGGGUUCUUGUUCUUGCCCCAAGAACAGGAACCUAACCUUCCGGCCUGAAGCUCUCCCCUUAGGGCUUUAUUGAACCUUAAUUACUGCUGAAAAGACCUUGUUAGCAAACACAGUCUUGGUGCGGCUAGAGCUUCAACAUAAGAAUUUUAGAAGACAGAUACUCAGCUAUAACAGGCUUCUAAGGCAUCAGGACAUGAACUUAAGUCAAAGAAGUCAGUUAAGUGUGCAUAAAAUACACAUGAUGUGUAAUCCAUGGCAGGAAGCCGGCACCUUAAAAGAAAAGGUUUUUGAAGUUAAAAUGUAGUUAGGAUAAACAUCUCAUUAUCUGAAAGGAGUAUAUGAGGUGUGGUGGUGCACAUAGUAACAUUAUAACACUCAGGUGAGAGUUCCAGGCCAGCUGAGGCUAAUAGUGAAACUUUGUCUCAAAGCUAGAAAUUGCAAACAGUGCCACGAAGAAAGACAUAGAGCCAAAGUACAGGAUUCACAGCUGUAAUCCCUACACUGAGGGGGUUAAGGCAGGAAGAAGAAUCAAGGCCAGCCUGAGCUACAUAGUAAGAUCCUGCACACCCCCUCCAACAACAAGAACCCAGUGCCGCACACUGUCAGAGAAGGCCUACUCACCAAGGCCAUGGAAGUGGAGGCUACAGAGGCCAGGUCCCCAGGCCCCUGCUACAAGCGCUCUGGCCGCCGUUAUAAGUGCCUGUUUUGUACAAAGACAUUUCCAAAUGCACCCAGGGCAGCCCGCCAUGCUGCUACACAUACACCCACAGACUGCACAGAGGAGGUGAGGGAGGCCCAGCCAAAAGUGGAUACAGAGCCCAAGGCGGAGGAAGCCAGCGGAGACAAGGUAUCAGCUUCAGUAGCCAAGCCCCGGCCCUAUGCCUGCCCACUGUGCCCCAAGGCCUACAAGACAGCUCCUGAGCUACGCAGCCAUGGGCGCAGCCACACUGGUGAGAAACCCUUCCCGUGCCCAGAGUGUGGCCGCCGCUUCAUGCAGCCAGUGUGCCUGCGUGUGCACCUGGCCUCACAUGCCGGUGAGCUGCCCUUCCGAUGCACACACUGCCCCAAGGCUUAUGGUACACUCUCUAAACUAAAGAUCCACCAGCGUGGGCACACAGGUGAGCGGCCCUAUGCCUGUCCUGACUGCGGCAAGAGCUUUGCUGAUCCUUCAGUGUUCCGCAAGCAUCGGCGCACCCAUGCCGGCCUUCGACCCUACAGCUGCGAGCGCUGCGGCAAGGCCUAUGCUGAGCUCAAGGACUUACGCAACCAUGAAAGGUCCCACACGGGUGAGCGCCCCUUCCUCUGCUCGGAGUGUGGUAAAAGCUUCUCUCGAUCCUCUUCCCUCACAUGCCACCAGCGUAUCCAUGCAGCCCAGAAACCCUAUCGCUGCCCGGCUUGUGGGAAGGGCUUCACACAGCUCAGCUCUUACCAAAGCCAUGAGCGCACACAUUCAGGCGAGAAGCCCUUCCUGUGCCCACGGUGUGGCCGCAUGUUUUCUGAUCCGUCAAGCUUCCGCCGUCACCAGCGCGCACAUGAGGGCGUAAAGCCUUACCGCUGCGAGAAAUGUGGCAAGGACUUCCGGCAGCCCGCCGACCUGGCCAUGCAUCGGCGAGUACACACCGGCGACCGACCCUUCAAGUGCCUGCAGUGUGACAAGACUUUUGUGGCUUCCUGGGACCUCAAGCGGCAUGCGUUGGUGCACUCAGGACAGCGGCCAUUCCGCUGUGAGGAGUGUGGGCGAGCAUUUGCUGAGCGAGCUAGCCUCACGAAGCACAGCCGCAUGCACUCUGGGGAGCGUCCUUUCCACUGUAAUGCCUGUGGGAAAUCCUUUGUGGUGUUAUCCAGCCUCAGGAAGCAUGAGCGUACCCACAGAAGCAACGAGACUACAGGAGCUGCCCCCCAGCAGGAGUUGGUGCUGGGACUGGCACUGCCUGUAGGUGUCGUAGGUGAGGGCUCGGCCGCCCCCGUGGCGGGUGCAGGGGUAGGGGAUGCUCCAGCGGGGCUGUUAGGGUUACCCCCUGAGUCUGGUGGUGUAGUGGCCACACAGUGGCAAGUGGUGGGUAUGACUGUGGAACAUGUGGAGUGCCAGGAUGCUGGCGUUGGGGAAGCGCCUAGUACCCUGGGAGAUGCAGGAGAGGUGGGGGGUGAGGAGACUGAUGAGAAGCCCCCACAGUUUGUGUGUCGCGAGUGCAAAGAAACUUUCUCCACACUGACACUGCUACGCAGGCACGAGCGCUCACACCCGGAGCUCCGGCCCUUUCCCUGCACUCAGUGUGGUAAGAGCUUCUCAGACAGGGCUGGGCUUCGAAAGCAUAGCCGCACCCACAGCUCUGUCCGCCCCUACUCCUGUUCCCAAUGUCCUAAAGCUUUCCUGAGUGCCAGUGACCUGCGCAAGCAUGAACGCACCCACCCCGUGCCCAUCGGGACCCCCAUACCCCUGGAACCUCUUGUGGCUUUGCUAGGAAUGCCAGAAGAAGGGUCAGCUUGACGUCUAUAGAUCUCCACUACACUCCAGAAGCCCAUCCCUAGUCUCCAAAGCCCUGCCUCUGGGCAACUCGCUCAACUCUUGUCCACUAUUAGCUGUGGGCAGUGGAGGCAGAUAGCACUUCUGAGGGAGACUCAUUAAAGCAUUGGCUUUGCUACCAAGCUGUCUUCUGUAUUGUGGUUCAGUUUACCUUCAGUGGAAAUCUGGGACUAGCAUGCAGUGGAAGGGCCUUGGUGACAGACAGGCUCUCACAGCUUAGCCUGAUCCAGAACUCACUAUGUAGCCCAGGCUCACCUUGAACUCAACCAAUCCUCCUGUCUCAGCCUCCCGCUACUAGGAUGACAAGGACUUAGCACCACACCUGGCCCUAAAAGGUCUUGAAAUACAUUGAUUGCCAAAGUAUAUGUUGGGCUGCCUUGUGAAAAAAUUUUCAUGCCAAGUUGGUACCUCUGAGAAUAAUUGGUGACUAAAAGGUGUAUUAAAAGUACUAGUCCUGCAGUGAACAAACCUAUGUGGCUUUGUUUAGCCUCUACUCAGGAUCAUGAAACCUUUCCUGAUUACUGUCCUUUCACAAUUAGUGAGCUGGGGUUAAACAAUUACUUUUUCUCGGGGGCUGGAAAGAUGGCUUCACAGUUUAAGGCUAAGGCUCACAAUGAAAAAGGUUUGGUUCCCAGCACCUAUACUUGUCUUUCCAACUACUUUAAAAAACAAAACGAAACUUGUCUUUCCUGUUUAUCACAGUAACAAAUUAGGAAGCAUAUUUGGAGGGAAGCAUUUCUCUUCACAUUAAAACCCAUGAAACAGAAUGAACCUUACUAGAAAAGUCUUUACUGGGUUUGAUGGUUUGUGCCUUUAAUCCCGUAUUCCAGAGGCAAAGGCAGUUGGAGUUUGAGGCUAGCCUGAUCUACAGAAUGAGUAGCUAGCCAGGGCUACGCGUAGAAACUUUGUCUCAAGAAAGAAGAAGAAAAAAAGAAAGAAUGGAUGAAAAGAAAAGUUAAAACUAUAUGAAGAAAUCAUACAUAUGGCCUCAGCAGUGGGCAUAUGCUGUGUGCCUCAGUGGACAGACUUGUUCCUAAAAGAUGUUGGUAGGCUGCACCACCCAGGAGACAGAGGGUCUCUGAGUUCAAGGCCAGCUGGGCCAACAUCAGAAGUUCCUGGUAACCUGGGCCACAUGAGACGCCCACAGAAGUUAACAGCUGAGAUUUAUCCUGGUGGUGGAGCACUUAACCGCCAUCUGUGAGGUUCUGGGUUCUGCAUACAGAAUUAGGAGAGGAAAGUUGACUUUCCGAGUUUAAAUUCAUGGCUUUUGCAUUAAAUCACAGUGUAGCCCAGGCUGACCUCAAACUGGUACUUCUGCUGUAGUCUCCCAGGCACAUGCCAGCACACCUAUCUGUUUCUUACAUUUGUUGGGAAAACAACCAGGGUUUUCCUCUCCUGUGUGUUUGCUCCCAUCUCUUUGUAUUUCAUGUCAGCUGGUGGUCGAUGUAAUGAAACCAAGCUUGGGCUGGGAGCAGAUUAGUUUGCCACUUCUCAGAUGUCUGAGGUUUGUGUCAGCCCUAGAGCUGGCUACUGCCCGCACUGUGUAACCCGCCUGUAAUGUUCAUGUUGAUCCUCCAGUGUUCUCAAGUUUAUUGGUAUGGCCAAUGUCAUCUUCGCAACUAGGAGACAGAAGUUGCCGUGGGCACAUGGCUUGUCACCAGCCUGGUGUUUGCCUGUGUAUGUAUGGCAUUAUGAAUGGCUUUGAAAACAGCCAUGAGAACUUUAAUGUGCACCAUUUUGAUUUAUAGAAAGCAUCCAGUUUUUUAACCCAGUCUGAAAAUCCAAAGUUAAUACGGAACACCCAUCUUUCUCUUUUCAUUGGAACACCCAUCUUUCUCUUUUCAUCGGAACAUCCAUCUUUCUCUUUUCAUUUGGUUUAGUUUUUGGUGUUGGGUGUUGAAGUUAGGGUCUCAAAUGUAAUAGGUAUUUGCUCUGCUAAUGAGCUACAUCUCUAGACUGGAUACUUUUUUUAAAAAACAGGUGUUGUGUUUGACAUGCUGAAAACCAAAGCACUAGAAUAGAACAUACAUAAUUGGCACAAAAUUAAAGUCAACCAGUAGAGUGAGAGAGGGGAUCCAGAGACAUCCAUGCCUACAUCUGUGAACUCACUAUUACUUAUUUUCAAGUUGUGUAGUGGUGAGGAUUGGACCAGGAGCCACAGGCAUGCUGGGCAAACACUAUAGCAUGAGCCGCAUCUCCAGCCCUUUAUUUUAUUUUAUUUUGUUUUGAAACAGCAACUAGACUGGCCUCAAACUCCCUCUUAAGGCCUCAAACUCCCUCUCAAGGCCGGGAAGACUUGGAACCUUUUGUUUUUUUUUUUUGUUUGUUUGUUUUUCAAGACAGGGUUUCUCUGUAUAGCCCUGGCUGUCCUGGAACUCACUCUGUAGACCAGGCUGGCCUCGAACUCAGAGAUUCAUUUGCCUGCCUGGAUAAAAGGUAUAUGCCACUACCUGGCAGACUUGGAAGUUUUGGUCCACCAGUGACAGCCUUCUGGGACAGGUGUAUAGUACCAAGCCCAACACAUUUUAUUUAUCAUUCGUUUUUUAUCGAGUUUUUGUUGUAGUGAUUUUUUUCUUUUUUCUUUUCUUCUUCUUCUUCUUCUUUUUUUUUUUUCUGUUUUGUUUUGAGUUAGUUUUGCUGUGUAGCCCAAAGUGGCCUUUAAAACCUUACAGUGUUGUCUGUCGUUCAGCAUCUGAAGUGCUAGGAUUGUUGCCAAUUUUUGUGAACAUUUUUAAUGACAGCUGUAAUUGUUCAUCUCACUGGGAAAAACUAGACUGAUGCAUAGUUUUCCUUGAAAAAUGUCUAGAUGAGGCUGUGACAUUUUCAUUAUCACAUGACUUGCCAGAAAUCGUGUUAGUCAGAUGUGGUACCACAUGCCCAUAACCCGAAAACUUGAGAGAUAGAAGGCAGGAGAUUGAGAGUUAGAGGCUAGCCUUGGCUACAUGGCAGAUUUGAAGGAGUCUAAAGUGAAAUGAGAGACUGUCUCAGUAAACAGAACAGUAAAAUAAAGGGAAGUGGGGUAAAUAAACAGGUGGGGACACCUGUUACACAGAGAAACCCUGUCUUGGAAAAAAAAAGAAAAAAACACUAGCCUCAUCUAGACAUUUUUCAAGGAAAACACUGGUGAGGAUAAGAUUUACAAAUGCAGAACUGGGUGGGGCGGGGCAGCAGUCAUCAGUAUGUUCUCCUUUAGGGCUGAGUUACACAGCCUCAAAUUUCCAUGGAUACUUAUUUUUAAAAAAUUCCGUUUAUCCUUAUUUUGUUUGUGGGUGCGUGAGUGCCAUAGUGCAUGUAUGGAGGUCAAAGAACAACUUGGGACAAAGGGAUGGAACUUGGGUUGUCAGCAAGCACCUUUGCCUGCUGAGCGACCUUGCCUGCCUAGCAGGGUGUUGACAGUUUUAGGUCUUACAGUGAAGCUACUGGGGGCUCCCUUUCCAUCUGUAGCUAAAGCCAAGCCAAAAGCCAACUAAGCCCAAGCUCUCCCCAAGCUCACCCUUCUGCUCUUUUUUGAGUCUUGCUAUAGACGGUCCUUUUUUUUUUUUUUUGGAAUACUGUCUCCCUAUCUUAGCCCAGACUGGCUUUGAACUUGAGGUGGUCCUCCUGCCUCAGCCUCUUAAGGGCUGAGAAUACAAUCAUGAACCACCUCACGGGGAUUCUGAGUUCUUGCUGAAAGACGAGGACCACCAAGUUGGCAGUGUCAGGAAUUCACCAGGGUCCAGGUCACCUCCAGGCUCACGUGCUCGUCAUGAGGACAUUGCAGCAAGCAGCCAUGAUUCAGGAAUGGCAAACCAGGUCCUCAGCACCAGGAGAAAUAGCAAGACAUCUCAGUGGCAGCGAUAGCAGUCAUGUCCUGGUGCUCACACAUGAGUGUUUAGAGGGAAGUCUUUGGCUUGGUGAGAUGCCCAACCAGUAAAAUGUAUUUGCCACCAAGCUCAACAACUCAAGUUUGGUGGCCAAGACCCGUGUGAUGGGUGAUGGGAGGAGAGAACUGAUUCUUUUGUUUUGUUUGUUUUUGUUUGUUUGUUUGUUUGUUUUUUCAAGAAAGGGUUUCUCUGUGUAGCCCUGGCUGUUCUGGAACUCACUCUGUAGACCAGGCUGGCCUCGAACUCAGAAAUCCGCCUGCCACUGCCUCCCAAGUGCUGGGAUUAAAGGCGUGCAUCACCACGCCCGGCUGAGAGAACUGAUUCUUAAAGUUGUCCUCCGACCUCCAACAAGUGAUGUGGCACAAGCUUGUGCGCGCGCGCACACGCGCACACACACACACACACACACACACACACACACACACACUAAGUGUCUAAAAUGGAGGUGGGUCUUUAGAGCUGAGAGUAUGUCGUUCAGUGCUAGAGCAUUUGCUUAGCUCCUAAUGAGGACUUUAUUAUCAUAAAGGAAUAAAAGGUCCAUGGCGGGGGGUUAGGUGGGGGGGGGGGGUGAGGGCCCGGGUCUUUACACCAGCACUUGGGAGGCAGAAGCAGGUUGAACAGUGAGCUGGCUCUUGCCACCGAGGCUGACAGCCUGAGUUUGAUCACUGGAACCUACAUGGUGGAAGGGGACAAUUGACUGCAGAAAGUCAUCCUCUUUGCCUUCCUUCCGUGCACUCCUGCCCAGAUGCGUGCACACACACACACACACACACACACACACACACACACACACACUAUUAAAACAAUUGUCAAGUUUAUAAUUUAUUUACAAACUUGCUGCUUUUAAUUUUUAAUUUAAUAUACAUGUGGGUUAGGUACAUGUCAGUGUAGUGUUCACAGAGGGAGCUGGAUCCCCUGGAACUGGAAUCGCAAGCAAUUGUGAGCCACCUGAUGUGACAGCAAGUGUUCUUAAGAGCCGAACCGUUUCCCCUGCCGCCAUUGAUGUGUUCUUUGAGCUAUGUAUGCUUUUAUAGCUAGAAACCCUCAACAUCAGACACUUGGCCCAUGUUGAGUUAAUUUCUGUGUAUGGUUUGAAGCAGGAGGCUCAGCUACAUUUCUUUGCCUAUGGAUUUCCUACUGUUCCAGAUGCAUCUGUCGAAAGGACUAUUCUUUGACCAUUUCAUUGUCUUGGCCUUCUUAAGAAAAAUAAAGGAACUGUAAAUAUGA